AUGGUUACGUUCGGCGGAUGCCCUUCUCAUCGGUGCAGGUGCUGGUUUAGGUGCCCAUGGCGGCUUUCCAACGCUCGAGGGCCCCGAAGCUUUGAAGGAAUUCGCAGGCUUCCCGCUAGAGGAAGUUUAUUGCGCCAAUUGUUUCUUGGAGGAGCAGGAUGA